AUGCAGCACAGACAUUAUCCUUGAACCACCCCCAGUCUUUGUGAAAUUUCUCAACUUGCCCACCCCACCUUUUGUUUUACCCCAACACCCCCAAGGUUGCUGAUAUUUGCCGUUUCCCUUUCCUCUCCGCCUCUCACCGUUGACCCCCUUCGCCUUUUAACGGUAACGACUUCCGAUCCAUACGCCCACAGUCACCCUCUUUCUCUGUUCUCAGGGUUUUCCAUAGGGUUUUGCUGUUUCUUUUUUUUCCUUCUUGAUUUUCUUUUUGCUAGUGAAACACAUUGUCUGGUUCAGAAUUCUCAUUUUUUCUUUCCCAAAAUCGAAACUGAAUCUCUAUGAAUUUGAGUCUCUCUCACAGGGUUUUUGCUGGAAUCUGAAACCCUAAUCUCUCUCCAAGUUGUCAAUGCAAAUUGUUCUUUGAGCGAUCUAAGGUCUCAUUGAAAAGAUGGCAGUUGGUUAACUCUUGGCUUAGUUUUGAACUUCCAGAAUGCACUACUGAGGUACAAUUUGAAAAUACACUACCUUCAUCCAAUCGGCUGCUGAAAAAUCAAUAAUGGAGAUUGAUAAUCACGAGGAAAGCGAUGGAAGCACACCUAGGACAAACGAAAAUGAUGUUUCUAUUAGGCGAGUUGCACCUGAUGAAUCUGGUGAAGGUUUGCCUUUUGCUCCUAUUAAUUGGCCUAAUCCUGGUGAUACUUGGCGGUGGAAAGUGGGAAAGCGAGUUUCUGGAUCUGGAUACUUUCUCGAUAGGUACCUCUAUCUUCCAAAAAGUCUUUGCCAUGGUGGUGGGAAUCCAACGCGUAGGAAAUAUGGUUUUGCAAGCAAGCUUGCAGUUGAACGAUACAUCCAAACAUCAUUUCCUGGUACAAACCUCGAUGCAUUUUUUGAAUCAUUCUCCUGGAAGAUCCCAGCCGAAAUGUCACUGUUAGCAAAUGGUGCUGUAAAGCUGAAGCAUGUUCCAGUUGGUCCACCAAUUCCACCUUGUGCAGAGAUUGAAGAGUCUGAUUCUCAGUCUGACGCCUUGUGCUGUAAAGCCAGAAAUAAGUUGUGCAUUAGUUUGUUAGGAGAAGCAGAAAACCCACCUUUAGCAUUCAUGAAGUGUGAUAUUUGCUGCACUGAAGCUAAGUUCUGUCGAGAUUGCUGCUGCAUUCUUUGUUCGAAGACUAUAAACUUCUCCUAUGGAGGCUAUGAUUACAUCAGAUGUGAAGCAAUGACAGGCGAGGGUACUAGAUGUGGGCAUGCUGCCCACAUUGAUUGUGCUCUCCGAUGCUACAUGGCUGGCACUGUAGGAGGAAGCAUCGGAUUGGAUUCUGAGUACUAUUGCCGGCGCUGUGAUGCAAGGACAAAUCUGGUUCCACAUGUGUCAAGGCUUUUACAGACAUGUGAAUCCCUUGAUUCUCGGGACAACAUUGAGAAGAUUUUAAAUAUUGGUAUCUGCAUCUUGCGCAGUUCCGAGAAAACCAGUGCAAAGGAGUUGCUCAAACGUAUUGAAGUGGCUGUUGCAAAGCUCAAAUAUGGGACUUAUCUUGAAGAUAUUUGGAAGCAGGAAGGUAAUUCAGCUAAUUCCACCGAUGUUUGUCAUCAUCAAAGUACUGACAUGGAAGUCACAACUUACCAAGAGCCCUCAAAUGGUAAAACAAGCUCAGAUUUGAUGUCUGCAUCUUUUGAUUAUCGCUCUGAAUCUCAAAGACUCGCAGAAGACAUUGAUCAGGUUCUGCAUGCACUAAAGACGUCACAAGAGUCUGAAUUUAAGAUGGCGGAGGAAAAGCUUCUUGCACAGAAGAACUAUAUUUGUAAUCUGUAUCAGCAACUUGAGAAAGAGAAGUCUGAUUUGGCACGUCGCACAUCAACCGACCCUGAUGCUUUACUCAAUAUUGUAUUGAGCAGGGUGAAGCAGAUUAAAAGAGAAGUCACGAAUCUCAAGGAGAUGGAGGAAAUAGCAUCUGGAUUUGGAAAGACUUCUAGAGCUACCCUGAAGAAGCACUUCAAUUUGGAAAUUGAGGAAUGAAGUGAAUACUUGUCCCGAUUAUGAAAUUCAUCACUUUUUCAGUAACAUUUGGCCCUUAACCUUCAUCAUUUGAACUGAAAUCUUAUAUUUCUCUUGCAAUUGUACUGCCACCCUACUGUGUAUGGUAGAAUGAGCCACUGUGUGGUGUGAUAUUUCAUGCCCGGCAGCAGGACAAAAGGAUGAAGUUCCUGUUGAAGAAACAGAAGUUGUUGGUGGUUUGUAAAUUGUGAGCUCCUAAGUGGUUUGCAUCCUUAGUUGUCAACUCAAGAACUGCGAGAGAAUAGACCAAGGGCAUUCAAGGAGUGCGUAAGAAUUUUGUGAUUUCUUGCAUCAAACAUCAUUGGGUCUUUCAUGGAAACAUGAGUAAUCAUCUCGUAAAUGCUUCUCUGUUCAAAGCAUCUGGCAGCUGCACUCUUGUAUGCAACUUCCCAGUUUGUUGAGCAGUUGUGUAACUGAAAGAAAAGUGUGUUUUCUUUGUUC